CAGUGAUUCGCCAUGAAAACAUGUGCGAUAAAGUGGAUAAACACAUGAUGCAUGAUCUUUUACUCGAGCAUUUUCCCUGUUUUCAAAAACACAAAACAAACAGUUGACAUAAACACGGCGCAAGGGGAAAGAAGAUUCUGAAAAUGACGUCAGGGCACAUCAAAUGAAUAAAGCCCGACAAAAUGGAGGCAAAAUCAAAGAAAGAACACUAGAAGGCGACCGACGGGAAUCAACCGGUUUGGCGGAACAUACUCCGUCUUUGACAUUCAGAGAAGCUUUGAGAGACUACUGUAUACACACAUAUACAUAUAUAGAUCUAUCUCAUUUCCAGAACAAAAGCAGCUUCUCGUCAGUAAGCGAGUUGCAUCUGUGUGUGCGUCACUUGGCAGUAAACACAACUCACCAACGGGACCGAGGUCGUCUGGACUGUGGUGAUGAUGAUUUUGGAGUCCGGUGUGAAGAUGAAGAUGUAUGAUGAAAUGCGGAACCUCUGGACCGGAAAGUACCGCUGAAGUCCAACUUCCUUCUAGAUGUUACUAUUAUCACUAGUUUGACAGGUGUCACUGCCUGAUGCGUCCGCCGGAAAUCCCGGGACUGGAACCGGAAAUUGCGCAUGUUUCACCAACUGACCUGUACUGGUAAAGCGCAUGCGUCCAUGGUUAUAUCGCGCACAGGUGAUGAAGUUUUUUAAAACGUUUUACAAUUUUUACUGCUACAAUCUAGAUUAAGGGUUAGGGUUAAGUCUGUGCAGUUUGGCUGUGACAAAGAAAUAAACCAAAGUAUCGCUUGCUUACCGUAAACCCGUUCGUCGGUAACUUCCUUUCUUCAGCACCAUCAUUUCCGGCGGACCACAUCAGGCAGACGGACCAGAUCGUGCGACGCAUGAGCGUGAAAACGUAUAAUUUCCAGAUUUUACUGUUAAAUACAGACUAUUUUGACAACUAUUCAAAUUUACGCGAUAUAACCGCUAUACACCAUUCGUAGACCUUCCGCAUGCGUGUUUCUAACAUCCGGUUCCAGUCCCGGAACUUCCGGCGGACCUCAUCAGGCAGGCGGACCACAUCGGGCAGUGACAGUGACAACUGUCUAAAACCUGCGAGUCCGCUCCGUGUUGGACGCAGACAACAUGGCGGUCAUGUUGAGGACGGUCGCGUCUGUCACUGCGGUCACCGCUUGAUGACGUGGCUGCACCGGAAGAUAAACAAGCGCUGACCCACUUCCGGGUCACCUCCAGCAUGGCCGCCACAGGAGCCGGAGCCGCCGCCGCCGCUCCCAGCCGCCUGGUGCAGUAUGUGGUGGUCCGGGCGGAUCUGGUCCGCCAGCUGUCCUGGCCCCUGGGGGCCGUGAUCACGCAGGCGUGUCACGCGGCCACCGCCGCCGUCCACCUGCACUACUGUGACCCGGACACGCAGCGCUACCUGGAGGACCUGGACCACAUGCACAAGGUGGUGCUCGGGGCUCCUGAUGAGGCGUCGCUCUGCAGCUUGUCUGCAAGUCUCACCCAGGCUGGAGUGGCUCACAAGCUCUGGGUGGAGCAGCCGGAAAACAUCCCCACAUGUCUGGCUCUGAAGCCGUGUCCUAAAGAGGCGGUGCAGCCGCUGCUGCGCAAGCUCCAGCUCUUCAAGUGAGGAGCCUCCCAGGAGAACCAGGAAGCACGUCGGCUGUCGCGUCGUCAACCCUCGGAUUCAAGCUUUUUAUCCAUUUCUGUGAAUCAUCUGCCCUGUCCUUGUUGAGCCUGUGAACCAGGAGAGGAGCAGGAGUCACGUCAGUGUUGGCUGCUCCUGCUGGCGGCGAGUGAGCAGAAUGACCUUCUGACCUCUGACUGACAGUGUAGAUGCAGCGUGGCUGAGACAGUAAAACGGUGUGGAAUGGGUUUGGUGU